AUGUCGGACCAUAUCCGAAAGCGGCUAGAGAAGUUAAAAUCGCGUGUGACUCCAGGGGGAGAAGCCACCAUAAGUCCCCAGCCAGUGCCGGCCCCAGCAACAGCAAAUGCACAAGGCGCAUCAUUCCCAACCCAGCAGACCGCACCGGUGGGAAGAGGUGUUGCAUCCAUCCCCAUCGCCAAUUUGCCGCCGCCAUUCGUCUCUCCACCCAGCGCGGUGCUGAAGUACAGGGACUGCGAGACAGAUCCACUGUGUGCACCAUUUACGACGAAAAACGCAGUGGAGUUGCUUGAGAUGCUGGUAUGCAGAGGCCACAAGAACGCACUGCGUCGGAAACGGGCCCGCUCCUAUGAAGAACUAACCAAAGGGAAUAAUGACGAUGUUAUUGAGAGGCAGCAGCAACAGCAACAACAACAAGAACAACAGGAAGGCGACCAUCAAUUGGAUGGCGCCUCAAUCUCCAAUGAAACAGAGGUAAGAAAAAAAACCCCUGUUGAUAAUUCUCUUUCCAUUGCAGCUUCUUACUUUUGGCCUGACAUAGCCGCAAAGUAUCUUAUUUCGAGAGAGGAGCUUGUGGGAAAAGGAGAAACAGCCAACGGAGAUGCUCAUGGCUCGGUCAACAGGAGCGGCGGCCAUAGAGGUGAGUGCAUUCUCGUCUCUGGAAAGCCGCGUGUGCCAUGCCGCUCUAACCACGAGUACGUGCUGAAAAGCAAGAUUGCAGAGGGUGUGUACGGUGUUGUGUACAAAGCCGAAAAGGCAACAUCUUCCGCCUUUGGCAAAAAUAGUGAGGUGCCGGAGGCCGGUGGAGUAAAAUUAUAUGCAUUAAAGAAGGUCAGGAAGCGUUGGCGUUUAGAGUCGCAGGUCGGGUUUCCACCUUUUCUCUUGCGGGAAAUUGAUCUUUUGCUCCGGAUGCGGCACCCGAACAUUGUCCAUGCCCGAGAGGUUGUGAUUACAUCUGAGAAGGCUGACACGAAAAGGCAGGCACAUGGAGGGGCUGGAGUGGUGAGCAGUAGCGGCAGUGGCAACAGCAGCAUGCCCCACCGUGAUAAGGGUGGUGAGGGCACUCUGGACUUGGAGCAGGUGCCGCCGAGCAAAAACAGCAGCAGUGAUGCUCCCAACACCGCUUCCUCGAAUGGGGCUCUGGCGCUGCCGCAGGGGCAGCUCGAAAGCAAUGAGAAGGUAGAAGAUGUAUACCUGGUCAUGGAAUACUGCCCAUUCAACCUCAAAUCGUUAAUUCACUUUCGUGACGAGAAGGGCAUGUACUUGCAUCUGAGCUCCAGAAAUAAACACCCAGAUGCAGCUCGCAUUUUUCUCUCUCGUGCAAAGUGCAUCAUGCAACAACUAUUUGAAGGCUUGGCUUUCCUUCACGAUCAUCGUAUCUUGCACCGCGACAUCAAAACCUCUAACAUUCUCAUUGAUCCCCAAGGCGUUGUGAAGCUAUGCGACUUUGGACUGGGCCGCCACUACCGUGAGGGCGAGUCGCUGACUCCUACUGUUGUCACUCUAAUGUACCGCGCGCCGGAGUUGCACUUUGGUGUGUGCGACUACUCGUACAAGAUGGACGUGUGGUCGCUGGGCUGCAUCAUGGCGGAAAUAUUCCUCAAGGAGCCGCUCUUUCGAGCGGAGGAGGAAACAAAGCACUUCGCCAAGUUGUGCGACAUUCUUGGCAUCCCCACCGAAGAGAGCUUUAGUGGGCUGUACAAGAUGCCGAACGUAGUGCAGCUGAUGCGCUCGAUAAACCAUUAUAACCGUGAGUGCACACUCGAACAGGUCUUCUCGUCGUGCGCUUACGCCACGGGGCCAACACUGCCAGCGAGCGGGCUCGACUUGCUGAAGCGCAUCUUCCGCUGGAACCCGGCCGGCCGCCCCUCCGCCCGCCAAGCACUCGAGCAUCCCUUUUUCCACGAGGAGCCGCUGCCCUGCGCGCCGGAAGAGCUGCUGCAGUUAAUGCCGGCGUCCGCCGGGGCGCCGCCGCCUUUGCGACGGGUUGUAGCGGAGGGCCGCACCCCACCGCCGCCGCUUGUGCAUGUGCCGAAUCGACAGCAGCAGCUCACAGCCACUGCCACCACCUCUAACAUUGCUACGACUGUCGAUAUGGCUGCUCCGGCUGAUGUGGGGAGCCCGCCGUCGGAGGAAGAUGCCGAACAGGCGCUGCAGCGCGGGUUGGACUCGCUCAGGGACGCUCCGAUCCCCGACGACGAGGCGGCACGUUGUGUGGCGUUUCAAGCUCAGCUGCAUGCAAGCAAUGACCAGGACUGA